UAUUCGUCUCGUGCGUACGAGAGGCUGGCCGUCGCCGGAUGGAUAGCCGACGUCGUCCACCUCUCCACCAAUAUGUUCAUUGGCAUCACUUCCAGUGGAGACAACGUGAAUUCCCAUUACGACUACCUGAUUUGAACACCGGAUAGGUGAGGAUUCGUUUUGUCAAUCAUUCUUGGCACCUCCUGUUGAAAGUUUAAAUAAUCCGCAAAUAUGGCACUGGAUUUCAUAGCUGGAUGUAUCGGAGGUUGCGCGGGAAUAAUCGCUGGACAUCCAUUGGACACUUUAAAAGUGCACAUUCAGUCCGGGAGAGGAAGUCCGCUGGAAUGUACGAAGGCGCUAUUGAAAGGAGGAACAUUAGCAAAUAUGUAUCGAGGAGUUGGUGCCCCUCUAGGUGGCAUCGCAGCAGUCAAUGCAAUAGUGUUUGGAGCGUAUGGUAAUACAAGACGUGCUCUACCGAACCCGGACUCGUUGAAGACUCACGCGAUAGCUGGCGCGGUCGCGGGAGCGCUCCAGAGCUUGGCAUGCGCGCCUGUUGAACUAGUCAAAACUCGUCAACAACUUGCAAAGCCCAGCGAAGGAAUGCCUACGGGUGCUUGGGCUGGAGCGCGACACAUACUCAGAACAGGAGGAUACAAGGCCCUGUUUCGUGGAUUCGGUAUCACAGUGGCUCGCGAUAGCCCCGCUUUCGCCAUCUACUUCGCGUCAUAUGAAGCUCUAACUCGAGGAGACCGGUCCGUGACGCGAGUGUUCGCGGCGGGCGGGGUGGCGGGCGCGUUGUCGUGGGUGCUGCUGUACCCGAUAGACGUGGUGAAGUCGCGGCUGCAGGGCGACGUGGCGGGACAGUACGCGAACGCGUGGGACUGCUUGGUAAAGUCUGUGCGGGCGGAGGGGUGGCGGUGCAUGGGGCGCGGCGUGGGCGCGGUGACGCUGCGCGCGUUCCUGAGCAAUGGCGCGUGCUUUACGGCGGUGUCGUGGGCGGAGCGCGGGUGGCAGCACCUCACGUCCGACUCGGCCGUCAAGACGCUGGCGCAGGCGGCCGCGCUGGGCGAGGCGGUGCGCCACCACGACAGCCCCGACUUGCACUAUGACUUGUGAACUGUGAACACUGCUGUGAUCGCGUCAAAUGUUUCGCGAAGUUUUAUAACGGUACCUAUUUAUUUGUAAUAAAUGUUUAAAGAAUUUUACCAUUGUUAUUUUACAAACUGUUGAUGUUUAUGCAACUGAUGAAAUAUAAAUAAAACGAUUAUUGUUAUAUAA